UUCGAACUUAUUGUGAACUCUUUUUAAGAACGAGUGCCGAUAAUAAAAAUAGAAUAAAAAAGCAAUAUUAUUUAAGGUAUUCUAAAAAUUAAUAGAAAUGCCAGUCAAAGAGAUGCCUUUUUCCGAAGAACAAUUGGGAAAGAAAUUAGAUCGAUGUGCAUCUGACACAAUUAUUAAAGGAAGUGGCGGCCUUAUUAUUGGAUCAGUGAUGUCAUUAAUAUUUUUUAAAAGACGUGUGUGGCCUGCUUGGUUGGGUACUGGUUUCGGCGUUGGCGUUGCCUAUAGUACUUGUGAAAACAAUUUAAGCUCUUUGAAGUCAAUAUAAACGCUCACUUGGUAUAUAUGUUAUCAUACAAACAUCAUAUAUGAAAAUAAAACUAGAAAUAUUAUCAAACCAGGAUCAAUGUUAUCAUUAGAUGGCAGGAGUAUAUUUUAAUACGAACAUUUUCGACACUAUUUAUUCAAGUGCCUUGACAUGAAUCCUAAAUGAAAUGGAUUUUGAAUAGA